GGGCGGCUCGCCGGGAUGAGACCCCCGCGGGGCCAGCGCCGCCCGCCCGCCUGCGGGGCCGUCCUCCUGCUCGGGGGAGGCUGCCUGGCGGCGUGCUACAGCCUGCGGGCGCGUGUGCUCCCGACAGUCCUGGCUCAGAGGGAAGAUGUCAUUCAUGCAGAAAUGGAUGAAAGACUGUCUCUUCGAAAGCACCGCUUCAUGCAUUUUGCAUCACUGGAAUAUGAAGGAGAAUAUUACAUGACACCAAGAGAUUUCUUGUUCUCAGUAAUGUUUGAUCAAGUUGAACGCAAAGCCUCAGCCAAGAAACUGACAAAAAAGGAGGUAGAUGCUGCACUGCUGUAUGUUGCCAAAGCUAAACCAGGGCCGACCUUUUUUAGAGACCUUGGUGAUAAAGGGUUGAUAUCUUAUGCAGAGUACCUGUUUUUGCUGACAAUCCUUACAAAACCCCAGACUGGACUUCAGAUUGCCUUUAAAAUGUUGGAUACAGAUGGCAAUGAGCGAGUUGAAAAAAAAGAAUUCUUUAAGCUACAGAGAAUCAUUGGGAAGGAAGAUGAUUUGAAAGCAGCUGGAGAUGAAACAGUACUUCGGGAAACAGAACUGGAAGACUGUGGUGUUAAUACUAUGCUGCUGGUACACUUCUUUGGAAAGGAAGGAAAGCAAAAACUUCGCUAUUCUGAGUUUUUCAGGUUCAUGGAAAAUCUGCAAACAGAAGUCCAAGAAAUGGAAUUCAUAAAGUUUUCAAAGGGUUUGAGCGUCAUGAGAAAAGAAGACUUUGCAGAAUGGUUGUUGUACUUCACUGAUGAGGAAAACAAUGAAAUUUACUGGCAGAAUGUGAAAGACAGAAUCGAGGCGGGAGAGAAUAUCAGCUUGGAAGAAUUCAAGACUUUCUGCAAAUUUACAAAUAACCUGGAAGACUUUUCCAUUGCCAUGCAGCUGUUUACUGUAGCCAAUCGUCCUGUGAAACGGGCUGAGUUCAAGAGAGCAGUGAAGGUGGCAACGGGACAGGAACUCUCAGAUAAUGUUCUGGAUACCAUCUUCAAGAUUUUUGAUCUAGAUGGAGAUGACUGCCUCAGCCACAGCGAGUUUCUUGGAGUCCUGAGGAACCGAAUUCAUCGAGGUUUGAGGGUACCGCAGCAGCAAGGCAUUCAAGGUUACUGGAAGUGUGUGAAAAGAGAAAGCAUUAAAGGCGCCAAAGAGGUGUGGAAGCAAACUGGGAAAAGUCCUUUUUAAAGCAGUCCAUUGUUCUUUUGCUAUAAGUGUUGUUAUUUAGGGGAGUUUGUCUGUCCUGUUUACUUAAUAACUGAAUCAAAAAUACUCUUUUUUUAACCACAGUUAAAGUUUCAUUAACCCAGACUCUAAAGCAAUAAUUUUAUCAUCCAGUUCCAGUGCAAUCAGUUUGGUUUACAGAAAUAUUAUCACUUUUGACCUCCAUACAGAAGCACUCUUGUUCUAGGGAAUAAUGUCAUUUACUGCUCUGUGGAGUCUGACCCUGCACUGUAGAGCACAGAAUACACAGGAUUUAAUAGUGGCCCCAGGCCCCCAGCAGUAUCAUCUCCUGUUGAAGGAAUGGACAUCAUCUCAGUUAGCCACUAGCACAGCAGUUCUCCUUCUCUGGCAAGGGCAGAGGUCCAAAAGGCAAAAUCACUAGCACAAUACAUUUGAAUUCAAGUUAUCCUGUAUCAAAAAGCAAACUUCACAUGGUUCAUUCUCUCAUUGUUGAUCUGCUCAUGUGCAGGUUCCUGGUGCCUGAUUCCACCAGAUCCUGUGUGGAUGUCUGGUUUGUCUACCUUCAUGAUGAUUAAUCAUUAUGAUUAAACUGGAAAUACAAGACUGUUGAUGCAGGCUUUAAAAGUUGCAUGUUGAUCAAUGAAUGUGCAUCGACUCUCUCAGGCCUCUUCAACAAAUACUAUAAAUGACAAGCAAAAAUCCUCAUUCUGUCAUAAACAGUGGUAGCUACAAUUUGACUCAUAACUAUUCUAAUUAUAUUGUGGAAGAAGAAUGUGUAACAAAUAGUUGCUUUAUCUUACUAAAGGUUGUGACAGGGAAUGCUGCAGUAUCUCGGGAAUUCAAGGUUAUAAUAAACAAGUGUUGGGGGAAUAAUGAGUCCAAUGAAAAAGUAAAUACAAGUGUUUAUUACUCCAAAGGCAAAGUUAGACCUAUGAUCUUAAAUAGUAAAACAAGGAACAAAUCAAAACUAACAUUUAGCAAUUACAGAUGAACAUUUUUUAGCUAUAAUGUAAUGUGCACAGGUGUGCAUGUUACGUGUUUUGUUUUUUCUAAUCUCAGGGGCCGAUAGUCCCAGGUCCAAAUCACUCUUCCUGGUUGGCUACUGUGUAUAGGAGAUAGACUUAUCUACAAAGGUUCUUCCUCUUUCCCCCUCUCAGUUGUCUGACUUGUCUUGGCUGGGAUGAGAGCUUAACCCUUCAAGACAGGUUUGUGAUAACAGAGAUAAUAGACUCAAAAAGUAGACUAGGGAAAUGUCUCAAGAAAAACAACCAAGAAAUCUCACCAGUCAGUAAGGAAGUAUCCAUUCCUUUUUUGCAUAUGUUGUUCUUAAAGUUGUAAAUAAGCUCAACAGGAGGUGUUUUGUUGUCAUUUCUUUGGGUUUUGGUGGGGUGAGUCUUGAAAAGAGGGGAAACUUCCAUAAUAGAUAAGACAUCAGAGCAGCUUUCACUCAGAGGAGGGACAGGAGAGGAUGCACUGGGAAGUCCUAAAGGUCCCACCUAAGGUGUACUGAGAUUACAGAGAAUGUGUUUGGUGUGUUGGUAGCUGUCAGGCAGCUUUGUGCUGAGGAGAAGCCCUACUGCCUGAGCCUUGGUAUGGUGGUUUCCUAAGGAAUAGAGCAAGAAGCCAGCACAGCACCUCUUCCGUCCGUGGGCUCAGCUUGGAGCUUUAAUUUAAAUAGUGUUAAAGGGAAAAUGCUUGUAUUCCUGUCAUCUUUGGACAUGGACCCAGAACAAGAGCACACCUGUGGGGGAAUACUGAGACUGGCUAGAAGAUCAGGCACCAGUAACGACCAAGGAUCCCUUUUCCCCCAGGAAACAAUCCAGAUGAAGUAAACAGUUUGGAAACAAUCCAAAUGCUACUGCUACACAUCAGCCUCCUCCUCUCAAACUGAACUCAUGCAGUGCUCUGUGGGCAGCAAGAUAUCAGAUGGCUGGUUUACCUUGUGUGUUUGGAAGUUGCUUGUUGCUGCUGGUGAUGGGAGCUAAGACUGAGAGGUAGCUAAUGGGAGCAAAGGUGGGGCAGGGGCACUGGCACCACGGCACCACAGCCAGCUGUGCACCACCAAAUAAUCAAAAAUAUGACACAAUUGAGAAAGAACUUCACAGCAGUGUGUGUGUGUGUGUGUGUUCACCCAGAGUGUGCUUUGUGCCAGCUCUAACUUAAAUGCAAGGCUACCUUUUAUUUGUUGCUGUUAAUAUUUUGGCAAAUCGUUAUUACUUUGGAAUGGAGAUUAUUCUUUAAUAUUUUAGUCUGUGUGAAGUUAAUAGGUUUAUGAUGUUUGUUAUUGCUUUUGUGGUUUCCUUUGUUUACUAAUUACUUGCUGCUUACAAGCUGUUUGGUUUUCUUUUGGAAAAAUCAACUCAUUUAGCUUUAGUGUAUCUAGAAGUUUAAUUCCUCAGUGCUUGUUUGUAUCUAGGUUUGUGCAAUGAGCAGUAUCUGCUUUCAGCAGUUACUAAAAAUGGGAUUUCAAGUUUUAUUUUUUAGCAAAAGCUUUGGUGUAAAGUUCAGAGGAAAAAGAAAAGAGGUAUGCUUGUUUUUUAAAUUAAUUUCAUGUCUGUAGUAAAAAAAAAGAAAUUAAAAGAUUGAUUAGGAAUUAAAAUAAAGUUAUGAAUCAUUUUCAGAAGUUACCAAGAAAGUGCAUCCAGGAAGGAACUUCUUUGAAGGCCAGGGAGGGCUUGUCCAUCAGGCUUGAAGAAGCCUGCGUUUAAUUUAUAAUUUAUUGUUAUUUGUCUUAACUAAAAUGCUUUAUAAAACAGUCUUAAAGGAACUUCUCAUUUUUAAUAUCUUUAAUUGAAAGAGCUGUUUGUGUAAGUGUUUAGAUAAACAUUGUCUUUUAAAGAAUGCAUCAUAGUUUUAGUGUUCAGUGUUUUAGUUCCUUUUAGUCACUGUAUGGUAUUUGCAACCUGAGUGUCAGCAUUAAUCAACACAGUUUUGUUAAAAGUUUAUGCCAGCUGCCAAUCUACUAAAUAUAUCAACUAUGACUCUUUUAAAAUUAGAAACUCAUCCUCUGAAGAGAAAUAUAUAGAAAAACUAAAUAAAAUGGAUUUUUCUAAAAAAUUUACCACAUGUGGAACAAAAAUGAAUACAUUGCACAUUGCAGAAGUCUCAAAAAUUGAUUUAAUGUAUUUCAAAAGGAGACACAAGGGCGAGUGCAGUCAUUCACAGCAUAUAACUCAUUUAUAGAAUUUUAGUUGUUGUAUCCCCAUAACAAUACUUUAUACGUUUCAGUUUGUUUAAAGAUACUUGUUUAAGAACCAUUUAUUCUUCAUUUCCAAAGGAAGCAAAGGCAAAAAUGCAGUGUGAUUAUACUAGAACUAACAGAAACUUAUUGGUUGUUUCUAGAAAUUAGUUCUGGUGACUUCAUUUGUACAAGCCUCUUUCUGAAAGCAAAAUUCCCUCUGGAUUCAAACCAAGUUGGCAGGUUUUAACAAAAUAUGCAACAAUUAGGAGUACAUAUUCUGCACAGAAGAACUGAAGAAGAAAAGCUUUAUCACAGUGUUAUACAUCAAAAGCAAAUCUCUCAAUUACUCCAUCUCCUUUGGUGUAUUGUCGUGUUGCAGAGUUCAGAUGGGUCACCACUGAUUGUGCCUGGAAACACCCUGAUCUGAACUCAGGUAUUGUCAGGAUCUGUUGGCCUGUCAGUUAUCCAGAUGUUAUCCAAAGGACGAACAAUAUGUUCAUUCCUAAUUUCAAGCUUUUGGUGGAGAAUAUGUAAGGUCUUUAUCAUUUUAGGGAUUAUAAAUAUUCUGCGUCUGGACUUCCAGUUGUCUCAGAGCUCAUGGAGUUUUGGGUGUAGAUAUCAGACCAUGUCUUGGCUCUGAAAAGUUUACAGAUUACACUUCAGUUACCUACACAGCAGAGACAAGACAGUCAAAUAAACAAAGCUAGGCCAUGGAUUGUGGUUUCAUGUCCAGUGUGUAUAAUGAAAAAGGAUCAUUGUCCAAUAAAGGACUAGAAUGGUAACAACCCUGUUACUUAGAGGAAGUAUUAUAAAUUUCAGGUAUGUUGACCAUACUUUGACUAAAACAUAGAAAUGGAUUAAUAAAUGUACAUCAAAAUUUAAAAAUACGGUUUUCUUCUCAUGCAAGAGUUCGCACAGGAGGGUGCAAGCAUGUCUCGUGCCUUCAGUUUUAAUGUUUCGUAUAAAACAGUCACAACUGUCAGGAAACUUCUCCAAUGCAGAAAAAAAUCUUCAGUCAUUCUAAACAGAAAACACAUGUCCAAAUGAUGGUGUGGUAAUUAUUUGUGAGAUCCAAGAUGACAAAACAACAGCUCCUGUAGUGGACCUGGUCACAAGAGAAGCAUGAAGAAAAUGUGGUGGAUGUAGACAUACACUAUGAGGCCAACAGAAACUCCUACAGAAACUGAAGAUGUCACCCAAGAAGAAGGCCCUUUGCAGGACAGGAAACCUGAGAGGUUUGACCAUGCACGAAACUAAUCAGCAAACGUGCGCGUGUGUCUUCACUCUCCUGCUUUUUUGAAGGUUUCCUGUUGGCUUUGUUGAUUAAACAAUUCCUAGUUGGUUCAGUAAUUUUAAAAAUUGCGCAACAUAUGCGAAGGCAGAUUUUCCAUUAGGCUGGUGGUAUUGGCUUAGUUAACAAUGGUUUCAGUUCAUUAACUGGAGUACCCUAGCACAGAGCUCUGCUCACUGUCCUCGGGAGCCACGCUGCUGCUCCUGCACGCCAGCAUUCCCCUGGAGCCUGCUCAACAGCGCGCCCACCUGCAUGCUUUUAGAACACCUCAUGCCCUGAAAAGCAGAAAGCCACGUUUUUCUCCACCCGUGUACCCAAUGUGAAUUUAGGUUGGAUAUUAGGGAAAAUUGCUUCACAUAAAGGGUUGUCAAACUCUGAAACAGGUUGCCUGGGGAACCUGGAAGUGGUUGAGUCCCCAUCCUUGGAGGUAGUGAAAAGACAUGUAGAUAUCUUUUCAGUGGCACCUUAGGGACAUGGUUUAGUGCUGGAUAUUGUGGUGCUGGGUUGGACUUGAUGAUCUUAGAGGUCUUUUCCAACCUAAAGAAUUCUAGGAUUCUCUCCUGCCUCAGAGAGUGACCUGCCUCUCCAUGCUGAUCAGGUGGUGAAAGUAACGUGGAAGGCAAUGGGCUGUGGGAGGAUGGACAUGGCACCUUGCAGAAUGCUGUUUAUGAUGGGCAUUAUGUUGGCCACGUUUCAGACCACAGGUUUAUAACACUGGGAGGAGGGAUAUUCCAUGGGGGUUCUUCUCAUGUGAUUUCAAACACAAGCUAGCUGCUCUGCUCUGAAACAUCCUCUGGAGGGCCUGGCUGUUCUCCACGACUGCAAAGGGCACACAGAAGAUGAACCUCACUGGACUAAACCUGUACUUUGUGAAUGCCACCUUUCUUCAUUGUUUUUAAUGGGCCCCAGAUACAAGUACUUGCAUUUGGCCACUUUUUGUUAAAUUGAUGUGCUAUUUUAUGUGAAGGGUGAAAACUCUUAGGAGCUGUUUUAAAACUGUUGUGAAUUUGGACCUAAAGGAAGUAGAUUCUGAAAUCAGAACCAUCCAAUGAGCAAUUUCCUGGAGGAAGGAUGUACUACAGAGGUGUCGCACCACAACACUGUAUGUCUCAGGUCCACUACUUUAGAGGAAAUUUAUCAGUUUUAAUAUUACCCUAUGGAACAACUGGUAGGUCUAAAUCACCCCCAAGAAAACCAAUUGUUUUAAUUUAACACUUGCCAAUAAAGUGUUUUAAAAUUCUCUUCUUUUUUCCGGAUACAGAUUUUUUUUUAAUUAUGUGGCAUCUAACUGUGUUUUAAUCUACUUUGAAACUGAUACUACUGGAAUGAGCAAAUAUUACUGAAAACAUUGGGUACAUCUCUUAAAUAAUGCACAGAAGGCAAUUCCUAGAGCAACAGCAGAUGAGUCACAGGGUAGAUGAUUACAUUUGCUAUUGAAAAGAAAGGAUAACAAAAUGUGAUGUGUUGCCACUAAUCUUUAGAAAAGGAGACUAAUUAAAUGAUAGGUCCUAAACUUAAAAGAAACAAAGCUAGUAGAAGAAACAAAAUGCUAUUAGACUAAAGGAAAAAUUCAGGAAACAUGAAUAUCACUGAACAAAAGUAAACUAGGAAAGCAAGGAAUAAAUCAAUAUGGCUGAAAUAAAAUUUUUCAAAAUGCUGUUUGACCAAAAAUGCAUCUUCACGAUUUAUAAGUUUGACGUAACACAAACAAGGGCAAUUAGUGACUUGCAGUUGGUGUGUACAAGAUUACAUGAGCUUUACUGGAAUGUGAAGAGCAAAUACUUACACAAUCUCAGUUGGUUUUAUGUCUACAUCAGAAACAUGAAGCCUCCAAAAAAUUGACUUGUCUCAUAUUACAAGAAAUAGAAUUCCGAAUGAGACGAAUGAUCAUUUUGCAUCAGUGUCCAUCUAAGAGGCUGUUGCGAUAUUUCUGCCUGGGAAUUGCAUGAUUUUGGAACUCAAGAUGAUUUACUUUGAGAGGAAAAAAAUACAAAAGCAAAACGGAGAUGAAAUUGUUGUAGAAUGUAAGGUCUAAAUAGUAAAGAGAGAAAUUCUGAACAA